AUGAACAAGAGCAAGUCGGGUCCUCAGGAAGUCCAGUGCGGGAGGCAGACAAACGGGCCUAAGGCAGUAAGUGGAACGUGCCAGCGUUCCAGGGUUCUAGCUGUGACGGAGACCCCCAUCAGCAGAGAAGAGAGCCCCAGGAACGUGGAUGGUGGCCAUCGGGGUUCUGUAGAGGAAGCAAUGUCCGAGGCGAUGACAAAUGGCCAGGAGGACACAGGCAAAGCCUGCGUGUCUGCGAGAGCAAUGUGA